UGUGCAUUCGCCGCCAUAGCGAACUGGCCGAAAGCUAGCAGAUCACAGUUCUGUACAGAACGAAACAAUAUUCAUAUAAUAGAGAACCAUCGCUAGUAGAAUAGGCUGAAAGGCCCAUACUAGAAAGUGCAUUCCGCAGGUGUCAUUUUGAUGGCCAGUAGUCGGCGACACAGAAGGAUGCUCCCAGGUGUUUGAGCGCGACCGUGACGCAGAAGCACGCGGAGACUAAGAGGCGAUUAACGACCGAGAAAGGCGAGGACGCCGCGGUUCAACCAUCGUUGAACGGAGCGACGCUCGCCGCGCCUUUCCGCCUUCGCACUGACAGGUCGGAGAGAGACGCGCGUACCGUUGUAGUGGACAGGUAGACAGGUGGACCGGCAGUGGAGCUGAAAAGAAGGCGGGAAACGGAUACUCGUAAUCGGCAGCUCAGAUUCGCCGCUGGAACAGGCGAAGGCGGUACGCCUACUACGUGCGGCGUUGUUGGCGCCGGUACCAGCACUACUACCGAUUCGCGUCUCGUUCCCAUAACCGGGUUUCCGCUUGUCGAGCUACGGUCGCCGCGUGCCUGGCGCAUUGGGGAUCGAUAUGGCUCGCACGACGAUCAGUUCGCGCCUGGCGCGGCUGCUGCUGCUGGCGCUGCUGCUAGCGGUGACAUGCUCCCUGCAGUGCGCCGUGUGCGUGCAAGUGCCGUCCGCCCCUAAGAAACAGCUCUACAUCGUCCGCCUUCGAUCCGCUCCCCCCAUCACCGCGUAUCGCGGCGGCAUCGGUGGCUACCCCGCCACCGCUCCCCCCCCAACCGACGCCCCCGAUGACGGCGCUGGCGACAGCGCCCCCGCCUCCGCCCCCGCGCCUAGCGCUGCUGACUCAGCCGCGUCGGGCGCCACGCGGCCGAACGCCACUGGCUUCACUGCGACCAGCGUCACGCCUGGAGCAGCAGCAACGGCUGCAACGGCGGGGAUUUCUCCCAAGGGCUUUGGCGGGCGGAGAAAGUGGGGGAACCCGCGGCUGCCGCACGUGCGCGCGUUCGCGAAGUUUCUCAAGGAUCAGCAAGACAGCGUGGCGGCCGAGAUAGGGUCGACGGCCGUUUACAAUCUCAAGUUCACGAGCAACGCCUUCGCGGCGGUGCUGACCCCGAAGCAGGUGUGGCGCCUGCAGCGGCACACGGCGGUGGCGCUGGUGCAGCGGAGCCCCGUGAUCAAGCGCCUGGCGGCCAUGCCGUCCACGUCGUUCCUCGACCUGCACCGCACCGCGUGGGCGCAGGCAGGCGGCGUGGGCAGCGCGGGCGACGGUGUGGUGGUGGGCGUGAUCGACACGGGGAUCUGGCCCGAGCACCAGAUGUUCGCGGACGACGGCUCGUUCACUGCCCCGGGCACCUGGUCGGGCUCGUGCGACACGUCCGCGGACUUCCCCGCGUCGCUGUGCACGGGGAAGCUGGUGGGCGCGCGCACGUUCUCGAGCGGGUUCGAGGAGGAAAUGGGCGCGCGGGACUUCACGGACGACUACAACUCGCCGCGGGACUCGGACAGCCACGGCACGUGGUGCGCGGGAGCGGCGGUGGGCAACAGCGGCGUGACCCUGCUCUCGUCGGACAACCGCAACCUGGGCACAUACAGCGGAGUGGCCCCGCGCGCGCACCUGGCCGUGUACAAGGUCUUCUGGAAGACCCAGGGGAGCUCGUCCGCCAGCUUCACGGACAUCGAGGCAGCGUUGGAUCAGGCCGUAGCGGACGGCGCGGAUGUGCUGAGCCUGUCGCUGGGCGCGCUGGACCCCUCCGCAACGUACUUUUCUGAUACUGGGUUUAUGCAGGCCAAUGUGGCCGGCGUGACGGUGGUGUUUGCAGCGGGCAACUCCGGGCGCCCGCCCGGCAACCUGAUGCUCCCCUACAUCUUCCGCUCCGUCUCCAACUUCUCGCCCUUCUACCUCACUGUCGGCGCCAGCACAAUCAACCGCGCCAGAACAUUGUAUGGGCGCAAGGCCCCUCCUAGAACAACCGCCUCCUCCACCACAUCGCUCUCCCCCACCACUGCCGCUGGCCUCACCGCCACUGCUCUACACCCCAGCAGCAGCAGCUUGGAUGAGCAUCAGAUGGCUGCUGUGCGUGUUGCAGUUGCCAUGGAAGCAACACGCUCUGGUACACACUUGUUCCCUGCUGCUGCUGCUGCUGCUGCUGCUGCUACUGGUGGUGCUGGUGCUGCUGGUGCUGCUGCCGCCGCUGCUGCCGCUGGUGAUGGCAGCGACUACGACCUUGAUGGGCCUGGUGACCCCACGGUCAACACAACUGUGAGCGCCAGUGCGCUGGUGAGAGCGCUCCAGGAGGAAGGCAUGGUGGUGGUGGGGGACUGGCCCGCACUCCAAUCCACCCCUGUGCUCCUCGCCGCCUCUGCCGCCUUCCCGGGCGCCAACAGUACAGAACCCGCCCGGCUGUGCCUGGCAGGGGCUUUGUCUGCGGCUGCUGUGAAAGGGCGCGUGGUGAUGUGUGCAAGUGGUGGGUCGAGUAUUGCAGAGAAGGUGGCUGUGGUGGCGGCGGCGGGAGGGAGAGGGGUGGUGGUGAGUGAGGUGGAGGCGAGUGGGGAGGAGGAAGAGGAGGGAGGGCAUGGAGUGCCGUGCACCCUGGAAGGGGGGAGCCUGAAUUGCACCACCACCACCACCAGUACCAGCAGCAGCACUGCUAGCGGCGGCAGUGGUAGCUUAGCCAGAAUAAGCAGCAGCAGCAGCAGCAGCAGCCUGGGCAGCAUGUUUGCGGGCAGCGAGUCCUGGGCGGUGCCUGUGAUGCUGGUGGACCAUGACGAUUCUGCUGCCAUGCACGCACUCAUUGCUGCGCUCGCCACCAAAGGCAACGGCGGCAAGAGCGGCGGGAAAGGGAGAGCCACCACCAAGUCCAUCCUGAACGUGUUCAACUGCAUGAAGGGCCCCAUAGUGGCCAUGUUCUCGUCCACGGGCCCCCUCACGCCCAUGAACGCGCGCAACCGCGGGCCCUUCCCCACCAACCACGUCCUCAAGCCCGACGUCAUCGCCCCGGGAGUCAACCUCCUCUCCGCCGCGCCCAAGGGCACCAACACCGCGCAGACGCUCUCCGGAACCUCCAUGGCCACCCCGCACGUGGCAGGCUUUGCUGCUCUGAUCAUCCAGCAGCACCCGACCUGGACCCCUGCGCAGGUGAUGUCAGCAAUGAUGACCACUGCGAGGAUAAGGAAUAGCGCUGGGCUGCCGAUAUUCCACGCCUCGGCUACCAGGGCUUCCCCGUGGCAUUUGGGCUCGGGGCAUAUCAACCCUGAGAAGGCGUUUGACCCGGGGCUGACGUACGACGCAGGGGAGGCGGAUUACAAGAAUUUUCUGGCGGGGAGGCAGUUGCGGUGGGCCAAGGCUAUGUUCUCUUCAGACACCCUGUCUCCCACGAAGGCGUAUCAGCUCAACCGGCCAGUUAUAUCGGUGCAAGGGCUGAAGGGCACGGUGACUAUAGUGAGACGGGUGACAAAUGUUGCGACGACCACGUCGACUUAUCGGGCCAAAGUGAAGAAGCCGUUCGGGGUGAAUGUGAAGGUGACUCCGAAAACGUUCACCAUUGCUGCUGGGGCGACCCAGACGUUUAAAGUUAAGCUCACCUUGCAGCUUCCUUGGAGGAAUUACAGGUUUGGGAGCUUGUGGUGGUUGGAUGGCCAAGGGCACUCGGUUAGAAUCCCCAUAGCUGUGCAACCAUCCUGGCUCCGGUGACAGAGUCAUUGGUGCUGAAGGAGCAUCAUGGAAGAGUGAUGUGAUCGUGACAGUCACCCAAGUUGGCAGUUGGACAUUUGUACCACUUCUCAUUGAGAAAGCUUGCUUUCUUGUCCUUCGCAAUACCGUAGUCAACUUAUACAUAUGUUAUUAUGUAGAAGUUUUAGGCAGGGCUGACGUUUCAAAAAAAGCCACUUUGAGCC